AGGGACGGACGUAUCGGUACUUCCUGUUAUUGAACGCAAAGAAGACGAUUAGAAACAUCAACACUGACGCGUUUUCAUUUCUCUCCUUUUCUCCCUCUCAGGUCACCUUGUUUUCGUUAGUGUGUCCGGUAGUUCCGGUGACAGUGAAGCGGUCGGUCGGGAUGCCCCUGUCGGAGCGCUCGAGCUCAGACGGCGGCGGGGAGCCUCGCAGUCCUCGCGCCCGGAGACAGCGGACUCGCUCGCGCAGCCGCCACCGCAGCGACAGCCGCGAGCGCAGCCUGUCUCCGUACAGCUUCGGGCCCAAACUCCCGAAACCCCGCAACCGGGAGAAGGAGCACGAGGAGCGGGACCGCCGGUUCCGAGAGGCCAGAAACAUCAGGCGGAUCCGUAUCGGGAGCCCCCGCAGGUCCAGAUCCAGGUCCAGGUCCCGGUCCCGGUCCAGAGACCGACACAACAACAGUCACAACCACUGGAGCGAGCAGCGGGACGGUCCCGGUAAACACGGCGGCUUCAAAGAUGAUUAUUACUACGAGCAGCAGAGAGACGACGCUCAGAGACAGAGACAGGAGGCGUUUAUCGCCAGGCGUCUUCAGGAGAGGGAGAGGAUCGGGGAGUUGGGCUGUCCUGAAGUUUGGGGAUAUUCACCCAGAGUGAAAGAGCCUGACUCUGAUGAAUUCACACCAGUCGAAGAAGACGAGAAAAACAGCAGCUCCGAGUCGAGCUCAGAAGAAGAGAAGAAGAAGAAAAAGAAGAAGAAGAAAUCCAAAAAGAAAAAGCACCAAAAACACUCAGAGGACAGCGAGCUGGAAUCAGACUCAGAUGAGGAAGAAAUAAAGAAGAAGAAAAAGAAAAAGAAGAGCAAGAAGUCAAAGAAGUCCAAGAAGAAGAAGGCAAAGAAGAGCCGCAAAGAGUCCAGCAACUCCAGCAGCGAAGAGUCGGAGGAGGAAGAGGAGGAUCCCAACGGGGUGAUGUGGGUGGAGAAAACGUGCAUGGAUGAACAUGUGGUCGGCCCCGAAGCUCCGCUCACGCACAUGUCGCAGGAUGACAGACCUCUGGAUUUUGGUCAUGCGCUGUUGCCAGGUGAAGGUGCUGCGAUGGCGGAGUACGUAAAAGCAGGCAAACGUAUCCCCAGAAGAGGUGAGAUCGGUCUCACCAGCGAUGAGAUCGCAAACUUCGAGAAAUCUGGCUACGUGAUGAGCGGCAGCAGACAUCGUCGUAUGGAGGCCGUGCGUCUGAGAAAGGAAAACCAGAUCUACAGCGCGGACGAGAAGAGAGCUCUGGCCUCGUUCAACCAGGAGGAGAGGAGGAAGAGAGAGAGCAAGAUCCUGUCGAGCUUCAGGGAGAUGGUUUACCGAAAAACCAAAGGCAAAGAGGAGAAGUGAAUUUCACGUCUGUACAGAUUAUAUGACACCUUUACCGUCUGUCCUGAGGUAUCAGUGUUUUAUUUUUUGGAAGAUGAUCCCAUUCAGAUGUGGUUAAAUGUACAGUGUGGAGGGACGAUCUUAACUGUAAAGAAAUGUGUUUACGUGACUCUAAGAAGUUUUUCUUGUUUUAUAUUUUCCAUCAUAUUUACUCAAAGGAAUCUUCCCUUCAAAUUGUUCAACCUUCAUUUUCUCUCGCAAAUGUUUUAUCCUGAUCAGAACGGUAAUAAAUUUUCAUUAUGAA